GGUUGUGUUCGUCGCCCGUUCAGCUCACGCAAAACAGGUUUGUUUAUUUGUUUCCUUUCACCUUGUGUGCAGUACUCACGGUCGAGGUAGGACACAGCGUGUCACGCUGUCCGUUUGCACCUCGACGCGUCAAACAUGGCGCUAGCAGCGCUCGAGUCCUUUGGUCUCUCACAACACUCCGCGUUCUGCCCUCCGCCGCUGCACAUACAGAAGAAGCGCAGAGCCACAUUCCGCAAACGCAUCUUCCGUAAGUCGACCCAUCAUCGAGUCGACGACAAGUAUGUGUAUGGUCCGUUAGACGACAUCAUCAACGAGAUAAGAAGCGACAUCUGGGAGUCACCACAGGACUACAGCACUGAAGCAUAUCCUCUCGGUUGGGCCGCUUCGCUCGAGGUGCCAUCGACUUGGACCGUAACACCCUUGCCUGUCAGUCGAUUGCCCAGCAACCAACCUCUGACGAUACGCAAGAACAGGGAAAGUCGUUCUUCGACAUCGGGCUCCAGUAUGGGUGACCCAGCAAACUUCGCGCGCACCAGCAGUCAUGACAACGCAUUCAACGGUGGACCAGUAGGCGCGCCUGCCUCAACAACCGCCCCAUGGCCUUUGUUUGAUGCCCCUAUGUCGUACGAAGCAGCGCACGCGCCAGUCGUGUCAGGCACUGCUGGCCAUACCUACCACACCGAAGCCGCCGAGAAUCUCAGCCAGAGUGCGGACGAUCGCCCUGUCCCUACCAAGCGCCGUCCUUCUGUUCUUCGGCUAUUCACUGGCCUGUCUCGUCUGCGGCGGACAGAUACUGGCGAAACAAGUGGCAGCAGCGGUGAUGCGUCAGACUCGGCCUGGCCCACUACACUCGAACUCCAUGAUGAGGCCGACGUCAGCGAAGACCCGUCACCGGAGCCAAGCGAAGACGCUGUCGAGGCAUAUAUUAGGAAGCAUGCACGCAACGGGGCAAGGCUAGGAUCAAUCAUGGGCCGUAUUGCCAGACGACUUCCUUCACCUAUGGAACACCGCCACGAAGAACCCGAGGCUGAAAACAUAGCCACUUGCGGGAAGAAUCCCACAACAUUGCGAGCUGCUGUCAGAGUCUUUUCUGAGGUUGCUCAGCUAGCCGGGGAGGGGCAACAAGAAUUCUGGGUCGCUGUGGAGACUGAAGGCGCUCUCCACAAUCGUGGGCUGCUUCCAGAAAGUACUAUCGAUGUCAUCUUUGUGGUUGAUAACGCGUACUAUGUCAGCAAAGAGUGUCUAGGUAGAGCUCUGGACGCCGUAAACAGUGCUCUCUAUCACAUCGACCGGAGUGACCGUGUAGCGCUCUACACCACACACUGCACUCAUCAGUCUGUUACAGGAAACAGACCAGAUGUACUAUUUCCACUUGGACACUUCAACACAAAUACCGAAGAAACGUUCCGCGAUCUCACCGCAUCUAUCGCCAAAUGCGGCACACAAGCGUGGAAACCACCUCGACCAAACCCAUUGAUGGCUGAGGUCAUCCUGGGUGUGGUCAAGUCCGUCGAGGACAAGAACCUGAAAUACCGACGUACCCAUGUUGUAUUACUCUCUCCAGCCGCACACAUCCUGCACGAUGUAUCAAAGUCUUGUCCAGACCUAUAUGUCCAUCAGAUCAAUCCUGCAGCUAUCCCAUUCCGGCGCUCCCCUGACGCUAGCGAUGUGCAAUGCGUCGAAGAAUGCUGCAAGAACUUCUUCAUUAGCAACUGGAACCAGUACCAAUCUCUUCCGGGGCGUAUCAAGCGUGUUCUCAAGUACGCUCGGUCGGUGAAGCCAGUGGGUGAGAUCAACAAGGUUUGCGUCGACCUUCGAGCCCGGGAUGGCUGCGAGAUUGUUGAAUUCUCAGGCAACAAGGAUAUCGCGAGUUUACGUCUUGGCCAGGUCCAUACAGUGUUUGCCAAAGUCCGUGUCGGACGAUCAGCAACCAAAGAGGUGGACCUGCUCUCCAAGAACCCAAUUUUUAACUCCUCAUUGGACGUCAAGGAUCUCAGACAGCAGCUACAGAAUGCCGCAACCGUAGGUGCUGUCAAGGUGCACUUGCUAGAUGUCCAAGUCUACCAUCAGAACACGCUGCAUGGAAAUGAUUGCUGGAAUUAUACUGAGACACCCUUCCUCGUCGUCCGCGACUUGGGUGGCCUAGCUCCUCCGUUCGACACCGCUGUGGAGGUACAGAAGCGUCGACUGUUCCACGACUUCGUUCAGCUGCAGUCGGAUGCAGCAAAGGCAGAAGCUAAUGCUUUUCUUGCCUCUUUGACCAACAGCCAAGGACCUCUGAAGAGGCUCGUACAACGCACGUUGAAGGAAGUCGAUCGAUACGAACAAGUGCUCAAGUACGAGCAAGAGCACCGUCAGAGACUACCAUUAUGUCCAGGUCCGAUCGCCAUCGAGGCUUCACCUCACGAAUGGCUUGUGGGCGUUUGGAACAGAAAGAAGAUCAAGCGUCAGGGUAUCGCCAUGGUCGAAGAGGAGGAAAUUAAUGGUCUCAUUGACGGUCUGUACGGUCUGGAGCGGCUGGGCUGAAUUGACAGCCAUCGAAACUUCAGGACGGGCUGAAUUUUAACAUGUUUGAAUGGUGAUCUUGUGAUUGUUGGGUUACCAUAUUCUGGAACGUGUUUCGGAAUUUGGGGCGUUACAAUUCGGUACAAACCGAGCGAGGAGGCAUGCGUACUAGUCGACGCGCAGGUUUACGCGAUAACGCAACAUGUAAUACGGCGGUCUUAUGCAUUUCGACGGACGUAUGUCCGGACAUCUUUAGCAAAAGCUACGAUAAAACCUUUGUGCCAAAAGCAUAAUUUCGCUCAGCUUACUUUAUCCAAGGUUUCCUUCGGCUAAACUCUCCUGCCCAACCGUCGGAGCUUUCCCCGCAACGCAAACCGCAAAGCGUAGCGAGCAUCAUCAGUGCCCAA